AUGGCAUCUCAACACACAGCCCGCACUCUCCGCAGCGCAUUGAAAUUCACAUUCACAUCCAAACGGGCAUCGUUAUCGCCGAAACAAGCACACAGCCUGUCGCAGAUAGCACCCAAGCGCCCUCUCUCAUCCCAGAGCUGCAGAUCUACUACCCAAACCCAACCUAAAUACCCAUUCAAUUCAAGCUCAACGACCCGCCGACCUUUUACCUCUUCCCGCAGCUCGAACUUCGGAAACCAGAACCGCUACAACCGCUUCGGAGGUGGAGGCGCGGCGCGCCAACCUCUCUUUGCUCGACUUCUGCAUAAUGCUAAACCGGGACACUUUGUCGCUAUUGGCGUUGGGAUCUCUGGGGUUUAUCUUUAUAAUACUGAUACUGUUGAGAUGACUGGCCGAAGACGUUUCAACUGUGUAUCCAGCUCCCAGGAACUGAAAAUGGGCGAAGAGAGCUACCGCGAAGUUCUGCAGUCUGAACGGGGCAAGGUCUUGCCUGAGUAUCAUCCGCUUACGAAGAUGGUCAAUGGAGUUUUGCAGAGGUUAAUUCCGCAGGUUGAUAUGGAUGGGAUGGACUGGAAGGUUCAUGUUAUAAAGGAUGAUGGCAUGGCUAAUGCUUUUGUUCUUCCUGGGGGGAAGGUAUUUGUCUAUACGGGGAUCUUGCCCAUCUGCAAAGACGAGGACGGUCUCGCUGCUGUUUUGGGACAUGAGAUUGCACAUGUUGUGGCUCAUCACCCUGCUGAGCGCAUGAGUAAUAGCUUCAUUACGCUUGGAGCUGUUCUUACUCUUUCUUUUCUCUUCGAUGUCUCCGGACAGUUGUCUUCUAUGCUGUUGAAUCUUAUGUACAGUUUGCCGAAUUCGCGGACACAAGAGGCUGAAGCCGACAAUAUCGGACUGAUGAUGAUGUCCAAAGCCUGUUUCAAUCCAGAGGCUGCUGUCGGCUUAUGGGCUCGUAUGCAGGAGCAAGAGAAACAGACUCCUCCGCAGUUCAUGUCCACUCACCCUUCGAGCUACAACCGAAUGGAAGCCAUUCAAGGAUGGCUCACCAAGGCCGAGGGAAUAUAUGAGGAAAAUGGGUGCAGCUCUUUGAAAGGAUAUACGCCAAGCAACUGGCGGGCUCCCCCUCGUGCAAACGGAGCAAACCCACCACCGCAGCUCCAAAAAUUGCCCGGCACAACAGCUCCAUCCACUCCCAUCAACCCCUUUCAUACCCCGUCGCAUCUCUCUCGGACGCGACAUCUAAUCAUGUCGCUAUCAAUUCCAGGUCCCUCCCAGGCGGGGCUCUUCAAGCCUGGAUACCAGAGCCACGAUGCCGAAGAUGGAGCCGUUAUCCGUAACAUCGAAGCCUGCCAGGCUAUCUCUGGUACCGUCCAGACCUCCCUGGGCCCCUAUGGCCGCAACAAGAUCGUCAUCAACCACCUGCAGAAGAUGAUCCUUACAUCCGACGCCGCUACUAUCCUCCGCGAGUUGGAUGUCGUGCACCCCGCUGCCAAGCUGCUCGUUAUGGCCAGUCAGCAGCAAGAUGCGGAGAUGGGUGAUGCUACCAACAUGGUUAUUGUCCUCGCCGGUGAGCUCCUCAAGAAGGCCGAGGAGUUGAUCCGUCUUGGUUUGAAGACGAGUGAUAUUGUUUCCGGAUACGAGAAGGCCCAGAAUUUCGCCUUGAAGGUUCUAGAGGACUUGGAGGUCGACAGACUCCAGGAUAUGCACUCGAUCGCAGAGCUGAGCAAGGCUCUCCGCACAGUUAUCGCCGCCAAGCAGUCCGGCAACGAAGAUACUCUGGCUAACUUGGUUGCUGAGGCCGUUCUGGCCGUCCUGCCCAAGAACCCCCUCAACUUCAACGUCGACAACGUACGAGUCGUUAAGAUCAUGGGUGGUAGCUUGGAACAAUCCCGUGUGGUGAAGGGUAUGGUUUUCGGUCGUGAGCCCGAUGGAGUUGUCAAGUCUGCUAGCCGCGCCAAGGUCGGUGUUUUCAGCUGCCCCCUCGAUAUCAGUCAGACCGAGACCAAGGGCACAGUUCUUUUGAAAAAUGCCCAGGAGAUGAUGGACUUCACUAAGGGUGAGGAGGACCGUCUGGAGAUUGCCAUCAAGGAGCUUUACGACUCCGGUCUCCGCGUCGUUGUUGCCGGCUCCACUGUCGGUGACUUGGCCAUGCACUACCUCAACCGCUUCAACAUCCUGGUCGUCAAGAUUCUCUCCAAGUUCGAGCUCCGCCGUUUGUGCCGUGUUGUCGGCGCUACUCCCCUCGCCCGUCUGGGUGCCCCCAUGCCCGAUGAGAUGGGUCAAAUCGAUGUCGUCGAGACCACUGAGAUUGGCGGUGACCGUGUCACCGUGUUCCGCCAGGAAGAUGCCAACGCCAUUACCCGCACAGCAACAAUUGUCUUGCGCGGCGCUACCCAGAACCACCUGGAGGAUGUCGAGCGUGCCAUUGAUGACGGUGUCAACGCUGUCAAGGCCAUCACCAAGGACCCCCGUCUCGUCCCUGGUGCCGGUGCCACCGAGGUUCAGCUCGUUGAGCGUAUCUCAAACUUCGCCGACAAGACCCCCGGUCUGCCCCAGCACGCCAUCCGCAAGUUCGCUGAGGCGUUCGAGGUUGUCCCCCGCACACUCGCCGAGUCCGCCGGUCUCGAUGCCACCGAGGUUCUGUCUCGUCUGUACACCGCACACCACCGCGCCUCCAGCACUGAGGAGUCGUCCGAAGAAGAGGAGGGCAGCUCAUCUGAAGAGGAAGAGCCCUACUGGACCACCGGUGUGGAUCUCGAGCAGAGUUCCGCUGAUGGCACACUCGAUACCGUUGAGGAGGGUAUCCUAGAUCUCCUGGCCUCCAAGGCCUCCGCUAUUCGUCUGGCUAGUGAGUCUGCCCGGACAGUGCUGAGCGUAGACCAGAUUAUCGUCUCUCGGCAAGCGGGUGGACCCAAGAUGCCACAGGGUGGCGGUGACUGGGACCAGGACUAA